AUGCUCGCCCCACGCUUGUUCCGGCCAGCGUCUUCGCUGGUUCGCCCCUUCAGUUCCUCUGCCACUGCCUACCGCGCUCCCUCUAUCCGUGACAUCACGCCCGAAUCGGCUACUGAGUUUAACGCACGUCAAAAGGAGUUCCGCGAGAAUCUGGAGGUGGCUCGCAAGAAGAGAGAACAGCAAGAGAGUCAGUCUGUCGAUGCUUCUGGUUCUACUGCCUCAUCCCCUGCAUCCCGUGACCGCCCUCGUGAGUAUGCUACCGCUCCCACUGCUCCACAUGAGAGCAAUGCGAGCAGUAACAGGAACCCUAUGUUUGAUGCCGCUGGAGUUCUUGAUCACAAGGCUUUGGGCUCACUUUCUACCCACCGUAUUAUAGGAGACGAGCAGCUGCACGAAGCCAGUCAGUCUCCGAAGCGCGGCCCCCUGUCGUCGCUCAUCUACGGAACGAAGGAAGGCCAGCAACUGGACAAAGAUAUCGAGCGGUCGUUUUCGCAGGUCCUCGCCCGUGGAAAAUACGUACAUUCGAUCGUUUUUCAUGAUGUGAAGCCCGACAAAGUCGACGAUUAUGUCAAUCUCGUUGGCCAGUGGUAUCCGCGCAUGGCGUCCGACCCAGAGAACCGGGUGAACUUGGUUGGAAGCUGGCGCACACAGGUUGGAGACAAUGACACCUUUGUUCAUAUCUGGGAAUAUCAGCGAUACGAAGGCUACCAUGCUUCCCUGCACAACAUCUCCAGCCAUCCUGAGUUCCCCGAUUUUGACCGGAAAUUGAAGAGUUUGAUCAAAAGCAAGAGGACAUCGUUGAUGCAGGAAUUUUCCUUCUGGCCAACGACUCCCCCGCGGCGCCUGGGUGGUCUCUUCGAGCUUCGAUCGUACACUCUUCACCCCGGAAACCUUUUGGAAUGGGAGACACACUGGAGACGCGGCCUCAAAGCCCGCCGGGAAGUCAUGGAGGGUGUCGGGGCGUGGUUCGUUCAGAUUGGGGAGUUGAACACUGUGCACCAUCUCUGGCAGUUUGCGAAUCUCGAAGAGCGUAAAGUUCGUCGAGAGCAGUCCUGGGGCAUCGAAGGCUGGGCGGAGACCGUGCACAAGACGGUCCCGCUUAUCCAGACCAUGCAAAGCCGGAUUUUGAUCCCUAUGCCAUGGAGCCCUGUUGGUUAAGGCCAGCCGCGGUCACAUGGUAACGAUCACGGGGCAAGCCGUGCCCAGGCAUCCAGAGCCAAGCCUGACUUAUGUUCCCCAACGAUCCGAGCGCCAUGAACAGAGAGAGCAAAGGGGAUAUACAAGAGCCGGAUGGAACAUGGAACCACUCGGCCUCUCUAUUGUUGCACUAUACCGAGUCUCAGGAACCUUGGGCCCUGGUGUACUCCGUACACUGUCCACUGUUUCUCACCUGAGCCGGCCCUAGUACCAUUCGUGUAUCGUAUCUAGCAUAGCACAUGUUCAAAGUGUUCCGUGCUGUAUCUAUUAUCUUUCGUUGUUAUUUGUGAAGGCCAAAAUCCCCAGCCACCGAAAACAAAGUUGAUCCAUGGUCCCGCUUGACUGUUCUAGCGUCUCCCCGCUUUGUAGUCGACUAAAUCCAUUCCCGUC